AUGUUGAGCGGAAAAUCGCACAAAGAAUUGCUACAAUUGGCACGCGGGCUCGUGCCGCAGCUCAAGGCUUCGAUGCACAAGGGCCAGGCCGGCAAGAUCGGCGUUUUCGGUGGCUGCGAGGACUACACCGGGGCGCCGUUUUUUGCCGCUCAUGCCGCAGCCAUUGUGGGUGCUGAUUUAUCCCAUGUGGUGUGCGAGCGGCUUGCUGCUCCCAUCAUCAAGGGCUACUCGCCAGACUUGAUGGUGCACCCUUAUCUCUAUGCGCUGGACAAUGUCGAGGUGGAACGGUUCGCACCACGCGAAGUGUGGAAGAACCUCGCACGGCAGCCCUUAGAAGAAGGUCUCGAGGUGGGGGCGGUCAAAAAGGUUGUGGAGGAACACAUUUUGCCCAAGUUGGCGGGCUUGGUCGAGCGGCUUGAUGUAUUUGUCGUGGGUCCCGGAUUUGGGCGUGAUCCGUUGAUGCUUGCGACAUUGGCCCGGGUUGUGGAGGAAAUCAAGGUCGCCGACAAGACGGUUGUGUUGGACGCCGAUGCUCUAUUCCUUGUUUCCAAGCGGCCGUCGCUUGUGUCGGGCUACAAGAAAGCAGUGCUCACGCCGAACGUGGUUGAGUUUGCACGGCUCUGUGAGGCGGUUGGCGUGGACAGCUCGAGCGAUGGCGCUGCGUGUGCCCUCUCGCAGGCGUUGGGCGGCGUGAUUGUGGUGCGCAAGGGCGGCGCCGAAGAGAUUGUCCGUGGGGACAAACGCGUGGUCAACGAUAUGGACGGGUCGCCCCGGCGCGUGGGCGGGCAGGGCGACAGUUUGGCUGGUACCAUGGCGACGAUGCUUGUGUGGGCGGGUCACUAUGACCGGGGCGAUCUUUCUUUAGAGCCAGGAGUUCGUGGACAGCGCAUGGGCGCGGACGAGCUGGCGCUCGUGGCAUGUUUUGCUGCGAGUGCUGUGGUUCGUGUGGCUCUGGCCCGGGCGUUUGCCAAGCACGGACGUGCAAUGCAGACAUCCGACGUGCACGCAUGUCUAGGCGAGGCGUGCCACGAGGUUUUGGGCGACGCAUGGUGA